GGGGGGGACAUCCGGUAUGAAGCUUAGUCAGUGAUGACCUGAGGUUCCAGUCCACCUACUGGUUUUGGUCCACUGGGUUUACUGACGUUCACAGUCAACGUAGAUGUUCACCAGCAAAUUCUAGAGCACUUCUUGUUUCCUUCUGCUGGUAAAGUUUAUAGAGAUGCUGAUUUACUUUUCUAGCAGGACUUGCCACCUGUACAAACUGCUAGAGGUUCAAAAAAACUGCUUCAGUUACCAUAGUGUUAUGGUGGUUUAUCAACCAGCAAACGGGCCUGACCUGAACUCCAUAGGUAAUCUAUGAAGUACUGUCAAGAGGAAGCAAUCAGGGUUUCCAUUAUAACUUGAGCUUGUGUUCAAAUAAGAAGUCUUACUGUAACACCAACCAAAGAGCAGAGACACCGCUUUCUACACUUCCAUCCAAAAGUCAGUCGACUCCGCCGACCAACUCAACAGGAACUGACGUCUCCUUUGUGCAAGUGGAUGGAAAAAUGCAGGCUGCAGGAAAAAUGGCUCCAAACACCGGACCGCUGAAAGGUGUUUAAAUCUCCGCACGGCAAGCCUUAGGGCCACACUGACUUGAAAGCCGUCGUACUCAUGGCUCCCUCCACUUAACAGAAUGGCCCAGACUCAUAAUGCUAAUGGGUUCAAGAUGGAUGUCCCCAAGCCAAAGGGGGUUGUGGGUAAGGAGGAAGCCCUCCGCAUGGAAGAAGAGGCAAUGGCUAAACUGAAACGGGAUAAGAGACAUACGGUUUCAGUUUUGACGCCUUCAUCUUCCUCCAAACCUUCAAAGUUCUCCACGACUACUGCUGCCCCUCAGCCUUUUUCUUCUGCGAAUAUACCUGACAAGGACCUCAUCGACUUCCCAGAAACCAAGAAGCAAGCAGAGGGGGACAAGUUCAGGGAUAUUGAUGUGGACAAGCUGACUAAUGCCGAACUUGAAAAGCUCCUACUGGAUGACAACUUUGGCGUCAACAGCAAAACGUCUCACCCCUCUGCGCUGCUGGGCUUCAACCUCAGUGCCUCUUACCCUGGUGGGAAUCCCUGUAGCUCCUCUCCUUUCCAGAGCAGUCAGUGGACAUCAGUUCUGCCCGGCCAGACUAACUCUAGUGUGAGCACUCCAACCCAUCAACCCAGUCCGCUCUUCCCCUCAGCUCCCUUUCCUAAACCCGGCACAUUUCAAAAUGGCUUCACUCCACCCAUGUCGUCCUUCAUGGCCCUUCCGCCUCAGCAGCCUUCCUUCAUGGCGUUGCCUCCAAUCCAGGGUCCUGCAGCCAUGGUUUUCCCAAAACCAACCGUGGACCCGGAAAUGGCAAAACUGUUCGACAAGAUCGCAAGCACCUCGGAAUACUUGAAGAACGGCAGAUCCACCGGCAUAGAUGUGGACUGUUCACAUGUCGGCGUGGCCUCCCUGGCACCCAACCCACCUCCUCAACAAGCAGCAGUCACAGAGUCUUCUCACGUUGCCCACUUUGAGUGGCUGGAUCUGGACCCUCUCACGAAACGUAAAGCUGAGAACGAGCAAGUGUUCGUGGCGUCGGAAAGUGAUGCUCAGGUUAUACCGGGAGUUUCCGCCGGGGACCCUUGGGAUGCCGUGCUCGAAACAGAAGGGAGCAAUUCUGGUGGCAGAGGCAGCCCCAGUUUGGAGGGGAAAGUUUCACAGUCGGUCCGCUCACAGCACAGGAGAGCUUCAACCGGGGCACCUGUUGCUAGGAGCCACUCGCUCAAUAUCCCUGGGACGUCUUGCCAGCAGAAAGCAAGUAGUGAGGGGAAGGGGAAUGGUUUGGUGAAGAAUGCUGUGCUGGAGGAGCAGGACGCCCAGAACCUGGAGAUUGUUGCGUUUUGUAAUGACUUGGCAAGCCUACGUUCCAGAUUCCCUCACAACAACAUCGGAACCAACCCGGGCUUCGUCCUCAGCCCCGUCAUCGCCCAGAGAGAGAGCGGACCGGACAAUAACUGCUCUGUCAAAGUUUCCAUUGAAAUCCCAGAAUCUCAACAGCCUGUGACUUUCACCUGUGAUGUGAGUUCUCCAGUGGAGCUGCUGAUCAGUCAGACUCUCUGCUGGGUUCACGAUGACCUGGAUCAAGUGGACUUCUCCAGCUAUGUGCUCAAAGUGUGCGGGCGGGAGGAAGUGCUGCAGAAUAAACACAGCCUAGGCAGCCAUGAGUACAUCCAGAACUGCCGGAAGUGGGAGAACGAGAUCACCUUACAGCUGCUCUCUCACUCAACCAUGAGGAGGGACCUGGCGCGAAGCGCAGAAGAUGACGGUUCUCGACUCGACCUUGACAAAUAUCUCGGCCAUGUUGAUAGGCCUUUUAGGGAGAACGUCACCCGACAAAGUCUUGCUGACUAUUUGGAGGGAUACCACAAUCAGGUCAACAUCUGCUUAGAAAAUGAGAGUAACCAGUACAAGACCGUGGAGCGGGUGGUGCAGACCGUGAAGAACCUGUGCUGCGCCCUGGUCGAGGUGGAGACGCAGUCCGUCACAGAAGCCAUCAAGAGACUCCGCCACUCUGUCAAUCUAGCCAGGGCGCGCUCGCCCAAGUUGGGGUCAACAUCACCUGGUCAGUCAUCAACUAGUGGCUCCAGUCCUGUGGAGGAGAGCAUGGCCUUACUAACGAAGGCCGUCUAUGACCUGGUCAAGCUCUACCUGCGCUCCUUCUGCCCGCCGUCGCCGUCCUUCAGCUUAUCCACCUCGGCCCAGUCUGUGGACGAUGGUGGCGCCGGAGAGGGGAGGGGCAGCAAAGAAGCUUCUGGCACCACAGACCACCUUCAGUUCACUCUGUUUGCGCUGCAUGGCAUCCCAGGCCACUGGGUCAGCAGCUAUGAGAAGUACUUCCUGAUGUGCUCCCUCACCCACAAUGGGAAGAACCUGUUCAAGCCGGUCCAUUCCAAGAGAGUGGGCACAUAUAAAAGCUUUUUCUAUCACAUCAAAUGGGAUGAACUGAUCAUUUUCCCCAUCGCCGUAGCCGUGCUCCCUCUGGAGUCCACGCUGAGUCUGAGUCUGUUUGGGGUUCUGAACCAGAACGCCAGUGGCUCGCCAGAUUCCAACAAACAGCGGAAAGCCCCAGAGUUUUUAGGCAAAGUCUCUAUGCCCCUGUUUGACUUCAGACGAGUUCUUGCACGAGACACGAGGUUCUUGUGUCUAUGGACGUCUGCUCAAGGAGCCGCUGGCGCUGCUGGUGCUGCAGGUAGCCGCAAGAGGGUUCCUGCAGAAAGGAUCAUAUUACAGGUGGACUUCCCCAAAUCGGGGGUGGAUGUUUUAUAUGUUGGACCUAAGGAGGACUCCAGCCCCGAGCCCCACACACUGGAAGAGCUGGACCCGGACCUGAGGCGGAAGCUGGAGAAAAUCUGCAGCCGAGCCUCCAAUUUUGGGUUGAAGCGCUCUGACCACCAGGUCCUGUGGGACCACCGGCUCCACUGCCGUCGGUAUCACCCCAGCAGCCUCCCCAAGGUGCUGGCCAGCGCGCCCAGCUGGGACUGGGCCAGCAUGGCUCACAUCCACUCCCUGCUGCACCGCUGGCCCUCACUGCCCCUAGUCACUGCACUAGAGUUACUGGACUCAAAGUUUGCAGAUACUGAAGUGAGAAGUGUGGCUGUUAGCUGGAUUGAGAAGAGCAGUGAUGACGAACUCGCCGACUACCUGCCACAGCUAGUUCAGGCAAUUAAAUUUGAGUGUCACCUAAACAACGCCCUGGUCCUGUUCCUGCUAUCCAGAGCUCAAGGAAACAUCAACAUUGCCCACUACCUGUACUGGCUACUCAAAGAUGCAGUGCAGGACUCUGCCUGGGGGCGGCGCUAUGAGCAGGUCCUGGGUGCCUUGCUGUGUCUUUGUGGCAGCAAACUGAGGGCAGAGCUGGAAAAGCAGACUCACCUGGCCACUCUGCUGGGAACGGUCGCCGAGAGGGUCAGACAGGCCGGGGGAUCCACCAGACAGGUGGCGCUGCAGGAAGGCCUUGAAAACAUUCAGAACUUUUUCCAGAGAAACAGCUGCCGACUUCCCCUGAACCCGAGUCUGGUAGCUAAGGAGCUAAACGUCAAGGCCUGCUCUUUCUUCAACUCCAACGCAGUUCCCCUUAAGCUGGCAUUGGUCAAUGCAGAUCCAUUAGGAGAGGAAAUCAAUGUUAUGUUUAAGGUAGGAGAAGACUUGAGGCAGGACAUGCUGGCUCUUCAGAUGAUUCGCAUUAUGGACCGCAUCUGGCUGCAGGAGGGGCUGGACCUCCGCAUUGUCAACUUCAAAUGCAUCUCCACCAGCCGGGAUAAAGGUAUGGUGGAGCUGGUGCCUUUCUCUGACACCCUCAGAAAGAUUCAAGUAGAAUAUGGCGUUACCGGAUCCUUUAAGGACAAACCUCUGGCUGAGUGGCUGCGCAAGUACAACCCUGCUGAGGAUGAAUAUGAGAAGGCAUCUGAGAACUUUAUCUACUCCUGCGCCGGUUGCUGCGUUGCGACCUACGUCCUCGGCAUCUGUGAUCGCCACAACGACAACAUCAUGCUGCGCUCCACCGGUCACAUGUUUCACAUAGACUUUGGCAAAUUCCUGGGCCACGCCCAGAUGUUUGGCAGCUUUAAAAGGGACCGAGCCCCAUUUGUUUUGACCUCCGACAUGGCGUACGUCAUCAACGGAGGGGAGCGUCCCACCAGCCGCUUCCAGCUGUUCGUAGACCUGUGCUGCCAAGCCUACAACCUCAUCCGCAAGAACUCCGGACUUUUCCUCCAUCUGCUGUCCUUGAUGAUGUCAUCGGGGCUGCCGGUUCUGACGGGCUCACAGGACCUGAAGUACGUGUUUGACGCCCUGCAGCCUCACAACACCGAUGCUGAGGCCACCAUCUUCUUUACGAGACUGAUCGAGUCCAGCCUGGGAAGCAUAGCCACCAAAUUCAACUUCUUCAUCCACAACCUCGCCCAGUUACGAUUCUCCGGCCUUCCUGCCAACGACGAGCCCAUCCUGUCCUUCUCGCCCAAGACGUACACCAUGAAGCAGGACGGGCGCAUCGUCCACGCCACCAUCUUCUCCUUCCAGAAGAGAUACAACCCGGACAAGCACUACACCUACGUGGUGAGGAUUAUGAGGGAAGGCCAAAACGAGGCUCAGUUUGUCUUCCGCACGUUCGACGAGUUUCAGGAGCUCCACAACAAACUGAGCAUUGUGUUCCCGCUCUGGAAGCUGCCGGGUUUUCCAAACAAGAUGGUUCUUGGUCGCACCCACAUUAAGGAGGUGGCAGCCAAGAGGAAGCUGGAGCUCAACAGUUACGUCCACAACCUGAUGAGGAGCUCCACAGAAGUGGCCCAGUGUGACCUGAUCUACACUUUCUUCCAUCCAAUUGCUCGGGAUGAGAAAACGGAGGGCUUAGACACCACUCCCAAUCCACCUGGUAAAAACUGGUCCUCUUCCUCACAUGUCUGGAAUUCCACAGACGUUUUCGCCUGGUUUCACUUUCCAUACGACGCUUUGUUCUUCGUCAUUAGUCUGUCUACUUUGAAAAUCAAUAAUCUUCUAAGCAUUUUCUUUUCUUUCUUGCGGCAUCCGGUGUGUGAAUAUCCCAGUGUUGAGGUGCCUGCAGUAAUAUUUCUGAGUUUGAUGUGUGGUGUUUUACCAUCUCAGAGACCUUAUAUGGGUUGGCAAAAUAAAUCAGUUUCUGAAGACGGAACGGAUCCCAACCCGUACGUAAAAACCUACCUGCUUCCUGAUCCUCACAAGACUUCAAAACGCAAGACAAAGAUCUCCAGGAAAACCAGGAACCCCACCUUCAACGAGAUGCUGGUGUACAGCAACUACAGCAAGGAAACCCUCAGCCUGCGGGAGCUGCAGCUGAGCGUGCUCAGCGCCGAGUCGCUGCGCGAGAACUACUUCCUGGGUGGCAUCACGCUCAGGCUCAAGGACUUUGACCUCAGCAAAGAGACGGUCAAGUGGUACAAACUGACCGUCGUUCCGUACUUCUGACCCCCGCCCCCAGGCUGACUCUGACUCUGCCCCCUUCGGACGACGACGGACGCAUUCGGAUCAUAUGGGAAAGGCUCCAGACGGAGGUUUUACUUGAAGCCACUUCAGCUCCUUAUGUAUAAAAAACAAACAAAAAAAAACUCCA